CCUUAUUAUAUAUCGGCAGCCAUGUUGUUAAAGUGACUUACUAAAUGACCUUGAAGCGAACGUCUUUAUAUACAAAUAGUCCGCUUAUUGUAAUCACGGAUAUUGUUAUAAACCUUUUAAUUUUAUUAAAAAUUAACUUAAAUUUAACGGGCAAGCUAAGUUAAAAUAAUUCGCUUUUUGUAAUCAGAAUUUCGGGUGUAGUUAUUAUAUUCACACAAAUGAAAUUUUUAAACUGUAUUCUUGUUAUCAGACUAAACAUGUGGCUGAUAACGCACUUAUCAGUUACUAGCUGUUAUCUUGAUACAGUGUUGUAACGUUUUAACCGAUAUCUGCUUUCAGUACAAGGUAAAAUUACUGGCAUUCUUUACUUAAAUCAUACGACAGCUGUUGUUGAAGACUGCCGUGUUAAUCUAUGAUGGCGGAAACAAAAAAGAAGCGCAAAGAUUUGUCUCUGAAAGAAAAGCAAGAAAUUCUACAACGCUACGAUAAGUUACCAACAAUGAGUCAACGAAAAGCUGCUGCACAGUUAAAAAUUUCACAGCCACUUCUGUGCAAGAUUUUGAAAAACAGAACCAACAUCGAAUUGUCGGCAGUAAGAAACGAGAAUGUAAUUCGUAAGAGGAAUCGAACAAGUAAAUAUAGUCAAGUAGAAUUAGCUUUAAAGCUUUGGUUUCAUGAUGUUUGCAAAAAGAAUGCACCCAUAAAUGGACUCAUAUUGCGUCAAAAAGCAGAAGAGCUAGCUAAAGAAAUGGGAAGAGAAGAUUUCAUUGCAACAGGUGGGUGGCUCAGCAGAUGGAAAAAGAGAGAGAACAUUGCUUGCAGAAACGAAAAAGCUACUCAGUUAUGGAUUAAGACAGAGUGGCCGAAAAUUACUGCCGAAUAUUCGCCCGAGAACGUCUACAAUGCGAGUGAAAUGAUACUUUACUUUCGUGCAAUGCCCAACAGUAACUUUAUGUUUAAACAUGGUGCCAAAGGAUUUAACUCUUUCAAGGAACGUGUUACAGUUCUUUGCUGUGCUAAUAUGUCGGGUGAGAAAGAAAGACUUUUAGUGAUUGGAAAAACUAAAAAUCCACGCUGUUUUAAGGGCGUGAAACAUUUACCUGUGGAUUACUGCUGGAGUGUAGAUGCUUGGAUGACGACCACUAUUUUUAACAACUGGUUAGUUAAAUGGGAUAGAGAGCUAAAGCGAAAAAUUGUUUUGUUGGUAGACAACUGCCCAGCAUACAUGUCAGUAAAUGAUGCGCCAUUAAGAAACAUAAAAGUAAUUCUUUUUCCUGAAAACACAUCACUUAUUCAACCAUGUGACCAGGGAAUCAUACAUAGCCUUAAGGCUUACUACAGAAGAAUAAUAUAUACAAGAAUUUUAGGAGAACUAGAAGAUACUCGAAGACAAACUGAUGCGAAUGAUAUUGCUAAAAGGAUUUCUCUCCUUGAUGCACUACAUCUUUUGACAAUGUGUUGGAAGCAAGUAUCUAAGAGAACUGUUGAAAACUGUUUUAAAAAGGCUGGCUUUAUUAAAACAGAAGUGAAAACAUCUGCAAAUGAAACCGAGUCUAUCAGAGAUGAAAUCAUGGAUAACCCACCAGAGGGUAUGUCAAAAAAAGAGUUUAAAAACUGGUUAGCCAUUGACGAUGAAAUUCAUGUGUCAACUACAAUAUCAUCAGAAGUAAUCCAAACUUUUACAUCAGGCCCCGGAAGAUUAGCUGAUGAAAACGAAGCCAUUCAACAAGAAGAUAGUUCAGAAGACCCUCCAACAAAUGCUCAGAUGGAAGAAGCUUUACAAAUACUUCGUCGUGGUGUGCAGCACAGAUCUAACGAAUUUCAAAAACAUUACGAAUAUGAGCUGUUUAUUAAUGAACUACUGGAAAAAACAACAGGUAAACAAUAAUGAAUUACAACAAAUAA